UUCAACAACAAACCCGGCUUAAAAGAGGAGGGCGGAGCAAAAAGCAUCAAUUGAUAUCCUCUUGUUGAUUGGGAACUCCUUUUCACCGAUCUCGCUAUAUUCCAUUGCAUUUCGAGCAUGGCGACGAUGAUACCCCGUUCUUUCCGACGGACCUGUCGCUCCAUACUUUUUAGCGCCAAGAGCCCACCGCAUGGGUCGUUGCUCCCCAGCAUCCGGCAACAGAGGCGGUGGAACACAAAUCAUCGCACCAGCGUCGGAGGUGGCAACGAUUAUCAAUUUGGUCCCAGCACCGACUUGCAACCACAACCGAGCACACAGAAAUGGGGAUACGUCGAGGAUAUGGCAGCACCGGGGGGUGACCAGACUGGGGGAGGAAUCCGCGGGAGUGGAAUGUAUCACGGGUCUCCAGGAGACGAUGAUGGCAAUGGAGGGGGUAAUGGGGGAGGAAGGGGGAAACCUCCACCUAGAGAAGAGGACGAUAAAAAACACAAAUUGAAAAGGACUGCAUGGAAAAUAUUUGAAUCCGCGGCCACAACUGGGGCGUCUCUCGCGAUAUUAGGGUAUGGAAACAAUCUCCAAUGUUGACUGCUAUGGCUGAUAUUCUGGAAAUUUUACCUUUAGCUUAGCCGGAUAUUCUUAUCACAAGUACUACAAAAGACUCGUCUUACAGAAAAUCGAUAAUGCAUUCAAGCAAGGAGAUCCGGCAUUGAACAUGGCUACGGCUGGCAACAGUGAUAGUGAAGAGCCAUGGUAUCCCGAACCCUUCGACUCUUCCACAAAACAUCCCACUCACUUUCUUCCGUAACCCAAUCCUCUUCCUUUCAAGCACCCCCGCAAUCCGAAGCCUUUUGGAAUUUCUUGCAUGCUGUUCUCCGAUUUCCCGUUUAGGGAUGGACAUUUGCCCGGCCAAGUUGAUUGCUCUCCUGAUUUCCACUUGCCCGUUGUUGAUACUUAAGGCUCCGGAAUCCGUGGCAACUACAGGGACUAAUAAUUGUGCUUCCAGGGUGAUGUUAGAGGCACAAGACAGGAUCGAUAGCAUUGUAAGCGGAAAGGAAGAAGGACACUAUUAUUUGCUCAUUGGUGAAAAGGUGAUAACCUCCUCAAAACAGAACCUAUGAUGCCCGAUGCUGAGUUCUUCAAAAGGGAACCGGAAAAACAUCAAUGCUGCUUGCGUAAGUGCAGAAUCUUUUAUCGGAUCCUAUCGACACUCAGCUAAAAUCUACCAAGCGCGAUGCACAAAACCAAAGGCGAAGCUUGCUCUAUAAUGGAAGCCCAUGCAGACCCUGAAAUCUUCCGAAUCCGACUUGGCAAAGCUCUUGAUUUUGAAUUUGUACCUCCUCCCUCUCCAUCAAACCCACUGCUUUGAUACUGAGAUCCAUAACAGCAUGAAGAUUAUAUCGGCUCCCUGUUUUCCAUCCGUGGACCUCGCGAUACAACGGCCCUCCUUGACAUCGAACGCGCACUGAACAAACUCGAAAAGGUAGCGCUAACACGCAGAAAGGCAUCCGGUAAACCUCUCAUCAUGAUUAUUAACAGCAUGCAUUUAUUACGCAAUGACGAGGAUGGGAAAGAUCUGCUAGAAUUACUGCAGCAGAAAGCGGAAUCUUGGGCCGCUAGUGGGUUGGUUACUAUGAUUUUCAACAGUGACGAUUACUGGUGCGUUUCCCCUAACCACUCGGUUUAUCCUACGGCAGGGCCAAUGUAGUGGCAUAGGGUUUACGAGCGCCUAAAGCAAUACGGGUCAAGAAUGGAGCUCAUAUCCGUUGGGGACCUCUCCAAGGGAAAGGCUAUCACGGCACUGAAAAAUUACCGAGCAAAAUUCAAGCACGAAAUGGCAAGUAUUGAUGUAUUGGAACGAGUGUAUGAACUGGUGGGCGGAAGACUCGCCUUCCUGAACAAAGUUGCUCGGGAAGAGGAUAUGAUAGCCAAAUGCAAGGAAAUCUGCAAAAUUGAGAAAACUUGGUUACUGGUUUGGUCACCACUUUGCUGCUAUCACGUUGACCAUUACUGAUUGGGGUUCUGUACAAGAACAAAUGCGGCCUUCUUGGUUCCGCCAUGGAUGAUGAUGUAAUGGACCAACAGAAGUUUGCAUCUUCCGCCAUGGUUCUCGUCAAGUAUCUAGUAGACAUGGAGAAGAAGGAUGCUGGUGAAUGCGGCCACUACAAUCCUGAGGUUGGCCACGAAUUACCCGAGGUGCCUUUAUACAGGGCCAGACAAAUUAUGACUCGGACGGAAUUCAUUGAGGAGUUUGACCACCUCAAUAUUUUCACCAUUGAUUCCAAGGCACGUGUAAGAGCCGAUUCGGUACCCAUGCAGAAUGCCUUUCGAGAGGUUUGCGGAGAACCUGGCUUUGCCCAGUACUUGGAAGAUACCCUUGAGAGAAUCAGUGAGAUUGAGAGCUUGGGCAGAACAAAGGAAUUGACUAUCAAGGUAAAUAUUUUGAAAACUCGCCCGCGAAUAUUAGUCUGCGGUGGGUGCUAACCAAGCGAACAGGAUCUUUGGUAUGGCGGAAAAUACAACAUGGUCGUUAAAAAUUACAAGGGCAGUGUUGAGAAAUCAGUACAUUUUGAUGUUACCCACGGCGAUCGUGAAAAUAGGAAAGAGGAAGGAAAGGACGAUUCUUAGGGUGACCAAUUCCCAUGAACGCAUAGUAAAUACCAUACUCACCAUCAUUCCCAGAUUUGAUACCCGCCGGACGUCACCGCUACCCGCACCUGCACCUGCACCAUCGGCGGCUGCGGCGGCCCGCGAUCCAUACCCACAGACAUUCUCGAUAGGCUCGGAGGCCGACUUGCGCCCAUCGGCUCAGCCGGAAAAGCACAUUCCUUUAAACAGUUUUCUUAUCGAUAUAUUUCCAUUCCUUUCAUCUUCCUUGUUCCUUUGCUCCUACUCUCCCUUUCUUAUCAGAACGUAUAUAUCAUGCUGUCCUUAUUUCGUAGUACAGACUCGCGACUAGCUUUUUGUCUAUCUAUCCGCGCUGGUCCGUUUCGGUAUUGCGAUGGUGGUGGUGGUGGAUGUCCUGUUCAUAUAGAGGCCCGGGUUCGGAUGUUGAAAGUUAGACUACAAAUAAGUGGGUUUGGCGAAAUUCGGCGAUAAAUCUAAUCCAAUAGUCACGCUUGCGCAGCAAACGGAGAGAGUGUCAAUCUCGGGGAAGUUGAAAUUUCCAGCGAGUUGGGACUCCCCGACGGAACCAACAAAUGUUAACAGAGACGAUAGUUAAAUGAGUGGUAGACACCACAAAUUAAAUCUACUCUAAUCGUCUAUGGAACCGGAAGUGUUUUGGUCGUGAACUUUCACGCGCAUCCUGAUC